AUGGGAUCUGGGAGUAGUGCACAAGCUCCUCGUAAGCGACAAAGCAAGUCGCCAGCACCACCGCCUCCCGAGGAGUCCAGUGAACCAAAAUGCGAUCCUCGACUACCGUAUCCGAACUUUCGUGAGUUAUUCACACUGAAAAACUAUUGGAAAACCGUACGGCGUAACGAGAAAGAAUGCGGCAAAAUGAUUAUGGUGAAGUAG